CCGAGGCGUCAACCCUUCGCCUAAAAACACCUUCCCUCCCUACCCUCCAUCCCCCCUCUUCCGCCCGCGGCGGCUCAAACUUAAACCCUAGAGCCGCUCCCCUCCUCGCCUCCUCAGCGCUCGCCAUCCGAUUCGCCAGUCCCCAAUCCCCCCAGGGAGGAGCUUCCGCGAAGGCAAGUCCGCUGCUGCGGUCAUGGCUCGCGUCUACGUGGGGAAUCUGGAUCCGCGCGCCACUGCACGCGAGAUCGAGGACGAGUUCCGCGUGUUUGGGGUUCUCAAGAGUGUGUGGGUUGCUAGAAAGCCGCCAGGAUUUGCUUUCAUUGACUUCGAUGAGACCAGGGACGCAAAGGAUGCAAUUCGUGAAUUGGAUGGCAAGAAUGGGUGGAGAGUUGAGCUGUCAACAAAAUCUGGUAGUGGCCGUGGCCGAGAACGUGAACGCUCUGGAGGUUCUGAUAUGAAGUGCUAUGAGUGUGGUGAAAGUGGCCACUUUGCACGAGAAUGUCGCCUACGGAUUGGUUCUGGGGGCCUGGGUAGCGGAAGACGCCGCAGCCGAAGCCCGAGGCACCGCAGCCGUAGCUGUAGCCCAAGAUACCGCAGGAGCCCAAGCUAUGGCAGAAGGAGCUACAGUCCACGGGAUCGGUCUCCCAGGAAGCGAAGUUACAGCAGGUCUCCACCGCCUGCCCGUGCGCGAAGCACCAGCAGGUCUCCACCGCCUGCCCGUGGGCGAAGCAUCAGCAGGUCACCGCCGCCUGCCCGUGCGCGAAGCAUCAGCAGGUCACCUCCGCCUCCUCGCAACAGAAGCAUCAGCAGGUCACCACCGCCUCCUCGUGCCAGAAGCAUCAGCAAGUCACCACCGCCUGCCCGUGAACGGAGCUAUAGCAGGUCCCCAGCACAGCCACCCCAGCGUGAGGAGUCCCCUUAUGCUGAUAACGCGUGAGCACUUGGUUCCACAAUGCUGGAAGUGUUGGGGGGUGGGGGCCUCCGCUUGUUUCCUUGAAUGUUUUGGUAUGACUAUUGAAUGGCCAGGCGGCCGAGUAUUGUUCUUCCUUGGCAUUUGUGUUCUUUUGCUGCUGAUACAAUUGCGGAAGCGGGAUUUCUCUUGACUGGAUGACUCUAGCGUAUGUAGUUGGUCUUAAGACAAGAUAUGUUUUCUUUUUCUUUAACAUUUGUACUGUUUGAUUAUUCGGAUGCCGUGCAUGGAUUUUUAUGUGCUGAUGAAACUGUUUCUUGAA